AUGCACCCUUUCUCCGUCCUCACUCUUGGCAUCUUCAUAGCUGGAUACACAACCGCCCGCUGGGACCUUGUGACGCGACUGUAUGAGCUCGCCAUAUUCGCCUGGGACCACGGUGUUGUGACGCGUGCAGCCAAAGGUUUCGCGAUUCUUUCGAUAGCCUUCUUCGUCCUGAUAAUACCCAUCGAACGCAUCGCUGCCCAAGAGAGCGAGCAGGUCACAUCCCCGCAUCGGAGCAAGUGGUAUCUCGGCAAGAGAGCAGCUGAAGCGACGAGGAUCAUUCUAGCAGAGGGACGGAAUGUUGACAUGGUCACGAACAAUGGGCUGAUGCGCAUCUUCUGGCCAUCGGAUACGCCAAGCGGAACGAACGCCGGCGUGCUUGUGGGAUGGAGGAAUUCCGAGUUGGAUAUAUUCGUUGUAACGGUUCUUCAGGAUGUGGAGCUACGAAGAGUCGAUAAUGCCUUGCGCGUGGGAACCCUCUUCCACAAUAACCCAUACCCCAUGAGCACCAUUCUCGAGCGAUGUGGAUAUUCGUCUCUCCAGGUUCUUGGGAGUUUAAAUCCGGAAACCGCUCCCACCGUCUUCAAUCCGAAGGAGCUGGUCGCAUACACUGUUCCGUCGUCACGGUUCCCGCGGAUAUUUUGCCCUAAGGAUGGCGGCCUAACUGUGCAGGUGAUUCUUUUCAAUCGACCUGAUCCUGCUCGUAUGCAAUAUCUCUCUCUGACACCAAUCUCCCUGGCGCUAGCGGACAAACCGGACCGGGCGGGUAGAGGGAUACCGCCACUAGAUGGCAUUGAUGCAGAGGAAGAACAAGAGCGGAUGCGCAAACAGAAACUUGUCGAAAAGCUCAAGUUGCACACUGUUAUCCGGAACACGCCGAGCCAGAAAGAAUUGGCUCUCAUCAGCAUCAUAAACCAGGCUAACUGCUCCAACGAGAUAGCUGCCCUGGUCCAAAAGAACAAGGGGCUUGUAGGCGCUCGGCCUAAGCGAGCUUUGAGUGUAAGCGAACGGGUCGUAGAAUCGGCGACUACCCUGUGGGGUUUAUUUCUGAUCGGGUUCUGGCACGUUUUGUGCAAUUGGAUAUACCCUGUUGCGGCACAGCUCUUUAUCCUGGGGCUUAUCGCGCAUAGAAUUGCCGGAGAAUUGCUUUUAAGGAUUCUGGAUUGGCGGCUCCUCCCAGACUCUGCUGCCCUCAAAGACGUCUCCGCUACGGCGCAGCAAGUGGACAUUCGGUUGCAACAGUUUUGUUACUGGCCCAUCCAGUAUCUGACGUUGCGGAAGAGAAAGGGAAACUGGCAGAGCAUAACGACCAGUCAUCCGGAAUAUAUCCGCUUCUACAACAGCCUUUGGCUGGUUGCGAACGAUGUCAUCAUUGGCAUUGCUCUAGGCUCAUACAUAAUAGAGAACGCCCAUUACGUGGCUGCUCAGGUAGACGUCGUACUCAGCGAGUGGUCUAUAGAAGGACUGCGGAGGAUGAUAUCGUGGCUUAUGGAUUGGCCGGCUGGUCUGAAACUGAACAAUGAAUUGGCCGCGUUCCUUGGAGACCUCUUUCUAUGGGUCAUUGAUUAUUGGGCCGGAUGCAUGGCAACGCUACGUCCGGCACUCCCCGGCAUCAUUCACUUCAUUGGCUUUUCCAGCUUCGCAGGCGCCACCAUGCCCAUCUCCCUUUUCUCUGACCUGGUCUCCGUGCUUACACUGCACAUAUAUUCCUUCUACGUUGCAUCUGCUCGGAUCUUCAACUGGCAACUCAGCAUUCUCUUCUCCCUCUUUCAUCUCUUCCGCGGCAAGAAGCGCAACGUUCUGCGCAAUCGCAUAGAUUCCUGCGAUUACGAUCUAGACCAACUUCUCCUGGGGACGAUACUAUUUACGCUGCUCUUCUUCCUGGUUCCGACAGUUCUCGUUUUCUACCUUACUUUUGCAUCUGCAAGGAUGGCCAUAAUAACUCUCAAAGCCGUUCUCGAUACCCUUCUUGCAUGUCUGAAUCAUUUCCCUCUUUUCGCAUUGAUGCUUCGCAUUAAAGACUCUAGGCGUUUACCCGGCGGCAUCCGUUUCGAUCUCCAAGAUACCCGUUCCGCCAAACUACCGGAACAAUCGAAUUCAGCGCCGACAUCCUACAUCAUCCUCAAGUCGGUGCCGCUCCCCCUCCGCGCCAUGUUCAACGAGUACUUCCAGCUGGGCAACCGGAUCCGGCGGCACUACAUAUCGCCAGGCGUGUUCUUGUGCCUGGUAACGGGCCGCUUCGUGCCGCCCAUCCACCGCAAGAACCUCUACAGCCUGCAGUACAGCAUGCUGCCGGCGCGGCGGGCGGGCAUCCUGGAGCUGUGGGCGCGCAUUACGGAGAAGGAGGAGAAGCAGCCGCGCAGGAGCGUCAUGCUGAACGGCGGCGGGCUGAAGGCGGGGUGGCGCAUGAAUGGCGUGCGGAGGGCGCGGGAGUAG